AUGUUGGCAAUGAGAUCUGCGCUGAGGCGCUCAUUCAGGAGUAGUCGCAGUUUCGCCACGAACCCCCCAAGAUUGGCUAAUGUGACUUUGAAGGUCGAUGGUAUUCCAGUCGAGAUCGAAGCUGGUUCCUCCAUCAUUCAAGCCGCCGACAAGGCUGGAGUGGUCAUCCCAAGAUACUGUUAUCACGAUAAGCUGGCGAUUGCUGGUAACUGUCGUAUGUGUCUGGUUGAGAUUGAAAAAUCGCCAAAACUGGCUGCGUCUUGUGCCAUGCCUGUCCAAAACGGGAUGUCUGUGUUGACCAACACGGACAAAAUCACCAAGGCUAGAGAGGGUGUCACUGAGAUGCUUUUAGAGAACCACCCUCUUGACUGUCCAGUUUGUGACCAGGGUGGAGAGUGUGAUUUGCAAGAGCAAUCGCAGAGAUACGGCUCUGACCGUGGUAGAUUCCAGGAGAUUACUGGAAAGAGAGCCGUUGAAAACAAGGCCAUCGGUCCAUUGGUCAAGACUUCCAUGAACAGAUGUAUCCACUGUACCAGAUGUGUGAGAUUCUUGAACGAUAUUGCUGGAGCACCAGAGUUUGGUACUGCUGGACGUGGUAACGACAUGCAAAUCGGUACCUAUGUUGAGAGAAACAUCAACUCCGAGCUGUCAGGUAACAUUAUAGACUUGUGUCCCGUUGGAGCGCUCACUUCGAAACCAUACGCUUUUAGAGCCAGACCCUGGGAACUCAACAAGAGAACCGAGACCAUCGAUGUGAUGGACGGUUUGGGAUCUGCCAUCAGAGUUGAUGCCAGAGGCCCUGAGGUCAUGAGAGUUUUGCCUCUGCUCAACGACGAAGUCAACGAAGAAUGGAUCUCUGACAAGACCAGAUUUGCAUGCGAUGGUUUGAAAAACCAACGUCUCACCAAGCCUCUGAUCAAGAGCGGAGACUCGUUCGUGGAUGCCACCUGGGAUGAGGCUCUCACAACGGUCGCUACUGCUUACAAAAAGCUUGCCCCAACCGGCAACGAGGUCAAGGCUAUUGCUGGUGCUUUGACUGAUGUCGAGGCUAUGGUUGCGCUCAAGGACUUGGUCAACAGACUGGGCUCCGAGAACGUCACCACCGAUGUGCCAGCUGCUCCUUCUGUGGACUUCAGAUCCAACUACAUCUUCAACUCUACCAUUGAAGGUAUCAGCGAAGCGGACCAGAUACUCUUGGUUGGUUCCAACCCAAGACACGAGGCUGCUGUUUUGAAUGCCAGAAUCAGAGGCAGGUGGUUGUCCUCCGAGCUUGAGGUUCACCAUGUCGGUGAAAAAUUCGACUCCACUGUCAAUUUGAACCACGUUGGUGAGGAUGCCAACUCCUUGAAGAGAGCCCUCAAUGGUGAGGUUGGUAAGAAGUUGGCUGCUGCUAAGAGACCACUGAUCAUCGUGGGUUCUGGUGUCCAGGAGCACAAGGACAGUAAGGCUAUCUACGAGAUUGUGUCCAAGUUCGCUACCGCAAAGGAGAACUUCCUGACACCAGAAUGGAACGGUUUCAACGUUUUGCAGCGUGAUGCUUCCCGUACCGGUGCUUUUGACAUUGGAUUCUACACCCAAUCCGAGGCCGUUGCAGCCACCAAGCCAAAAUUCGUCUUCCUGUUGGGAGCCGAUGAGAUCAAGCCAGAAGAUAUUCCAGCCGAUUCGUUCGUCGUAUAUCAGGGUCACCACGGUGAUGUUGGAGCUACGUAUGCUGACGUGAUCCUGCCAGGAUCUGCUUUCACCGAAAAGGCUGCCACAUACGUGAACACCGAAGGAAGAGUCCAGGUGACAAGAGCUGCCACUAAUGCUCCAGGUGUUGCCAGAGAAGACUGGAUGGUGAUCAGGGCUCUUUCUGAGUACUUGGAUGCCACUUUGCCAUACGAAAACAGCUUCCAGGUGAGAUCAAGACUUGCCGAAAUCGCCCCACAUCUGCUUCGUCACGACGUUAUAGAACCAGUCUCCAGCGAAAUUGCAAAGGUUGCCUUUGCCAAUUCGUUUGCUAAGGCUGGUCCUUUGAGUGGAGGUGCCCUCAAGAACCCAAUCGAAAACUUUUACUUCACAGAUGCCAUCUCCAGAUCGUCGCCAACCAUGGCCAAAUGUAUUGUUAGUUUUGGAGCCAAGGUGGACAAGAUCAAGGAUCCAAACGCUCAUGCUCAAAUAGGCAUGGCUUAG